AUUAAAUUCAUCGGUUUUGAAAACGCAACAAAACGUUGUUAUUUUUGUUUAUAUACAAAAAUCAGACAGAUGGAAAACAUAGCUUGUCAAAUUAACCUCCAUGAGAUGUAAACAAAACUUUAGUAAAAUAAACAACACAUUUUAUUCAAUUUUAUGAGAAAACAUUUCAGUUCGAUUCUGGUUCGAUCAUUGCCCGAAGAAAUUGUAUCGAAAUGUCUCAAAAAUUCUUCGCAAAUCCUUUUGCAGAUUAUAACGAAACCGAGGGAUGUAUCCCAGAUUUGGGGUGCGAUGGAAGAUUUUGUAAAUGUGUAAAUGCUAAAUGGAAAGCUACUGAAGAGCAGUUCCAGUAUUUGGAUUUCAAAGAUUAUUCCGUGUAUACUGGUACAGCGGGUUACGCUUUAUUAAAAUUAAGGAAAGAUCCCAAUAAUCCUAAAAAUUUGAAGGAAAUCAAAAAAUUAUUGUGUUUGGACAAGUUGCGAAGCAGAAGACACACGUUCCUGUGUGGAGACGCCGGUCCACUUGCCGUUGGUAUUGUCGUCAAUGAUAAACUAGGAAAGCACGAAGAAGUGGAUCAUCUGAUUGCAAAAUUGACACUACUCAGUAAAGACGUGUUGAACGUACAUUCAGACUUGCCCAAUGAAUAUUUAUACGGAAGGGCGGGUUAUUUGUACGCCGUUUUAUACGUCAACGAGAACGUUUCUCCGCCGCCUUUUGAAGAUAAUUUCAUCACACAGUUAAUCGAAUCCAUACUAGCCUGCGGUCGGGACAUAGCAAAAGCAGGUCGUUUUAAAUGCCCGCUGAUGUACCAGUGGCACGACAGUUACUAUUUGGGCGCCGCGCACGGUCUGGCUGGAAUUUUGUACCUCCUUUUGCAAGCCAGGCGUUACAUCAACGAAACCGAUUUGAACAACGUCAUUAGACCCACCAUCGAAUAUCUGUUGACGCAAAGGUUUCCAAGCGGAAACUUCCCAUCGUCUAUUGGAAAAGACGUUGAUAAAUACGUGCAGUGGUGCCACGGAGCGCCAGGGUUUGUGUAUAUGUUGACCACUGCGUAUAAGGUGUUUCAAGAUACCAGCUACUUGCAAGCAGCUUUAGAUUGCGGUGACGUAAUAUGGGAGAGAGGUUUGGUGAGAAAAGGUUACAGCCUUUGCCACGGCGUAUCGGGGAACGGUUAUUGUUUCUUGGAGUUGUAUCAAACCACACAAGAGAGAAAACAUCUAUAUAGGGCGACCAAAUUUGCUGAAUGGUGUUUGGAAUACUCGAAACAACAUGAAGAACUGUCUCCGGAUAGACCGUUGUCGUUGUUCGAGGGUAUAGCCGGUCCUAUGUACUUUUUGCUUGAUAUACAGCAACCCAUGGAGGCUAAGUUUCCAGGAUUUAGCUUGGCUUCGGUGUAAUUAUUUCUAAAUUUUCGUUUCAGAUGUUUAUUGAUGUUUAAUAAAAGCUAGUGCUUGUCUAA